GUAGAAAAGUAUGGCUCGUUGGUCUAGGGGUAUGAUUCUCGCUUUGGGUGCGAGAGGUCCCGGGUUCAAAUCCCGGACGAGCCCUUUAUUUUGGGUUCUGUUGCGCUUUUUCAUGUAUUCAUUAUUCUCUAUCUUUAUGUGCCACUUUUUAGAUACAUAUGAAAAGUCACCAAUAUUUUAAGAGCGCUCGGUUGCUUCGAGUUGUCUAUUAGCGUCUCCCUCUCCUCUCAAAGCUACACCCCUCCUCUCCUCCAUCCUAGCUUCCCUGUCCCUCCACCUGCUUUCGGCCAAACGGUUGAACAAAGAGCGCCUCCACCUCUCUGCUCCCCCAGCUGUUGUUGGGAGGGCUUAGGGCCGGGAGAAAUAAAAGAGACAGACAUUUCUGUUCCGCCCCCACUAACGCUGCAGUCCUGACAGGCGGCAGACGAGCCGGGCCGUCUCCUCUCUGUUCACAGCGGUUACACUGAAAAUUAAACGACACUGAUCGGAGGAGCCGGAAUCAGCACUGCUGAUAUUUAAGCAAACUACAAGCGAAGGUCAGCUGGAGAGUGUGGGAAUUCUGGAUUAACUGCUGUCACCUGCUUUGACAGGAAGCCUGGGGCAUUUACUGCAGGAGAAAGACAGAAACUCCCAGUCUGUGCUUGACGAUGGUCCUGUGUGAGGAUGGCGAGUGCAGCGUCUGCCUCCUGCCGUUCUCCCGCACAGACAGGAUUCCCCGGGUACUCCACUGCAGGCACACAUUCUGCGAACCGUGCCUGGAGACGAUAUCCAGGGCCAGGAGCGGGCUCCUCACCGUGGGCUGCCCCCUGUGCCGCAGGGUGACCUGCGUACACCGAGGCCUUAGCCUGCAGGAGGCCCUGUGGGUCAACAUCAAGCUGUGGGAGCAGAUCCCUGAAGAUGUGAAGCCAGAGAUAGAAGGGGAGGAGGAUGGACAUAAACAAAGAGCUGAGGUGCAGAGGAUGGAGGCUAAACAGCGGCCCUCGUUACAAGGACAGUGCAUUUCCUCGAGAUCUGCCUCAACAAGGCUCAGACUGCCGACAUUGUUCAGGAGGUUCCGCUGGGCGAAGCAACACCGGGAGUCGAUCAUUCCUGGCAGCAACGUAGAAAUGAAAUCCUGGCGCAAAUUCUCAGCAGAUGACAUAUUUUAAGAAAUGAUGCUUCUCAGGACUUUCUGAUGGCCAAGGACCAGCCAGACUCACCUUUGACAUAGGAAGGGAGGUUGACAGACUGAGAAUCCAUUGUUUUGUUUUCAGUUCAAGGUGACGGUCUUCCUAUUAUUUCUUCCAGGCUUAAUUCUCCCAGCUGGUGCUGUGGGAUUAAGUUCAGCUGUCCCAGUGGGGCUAACACACCAAGAACCCCUUUAGAACAGAUGGUCCGCUCCUCAUCAUUGAACAUAACUUAUUCUUUUCCCUAUUUAUAAUAGUUAUUUGAGUUGAAAAAUUAACUAUUUUUAAAUAAUUUUUUUCACUGUUGUUUUAUUUCACCUGAACAUUUCUAAUUCAUUUGAAAGAAUCAUGAGCUCCAAGCUGAAGACACGACUCAUAUCUACAUCUUUCAUGACACAUAAAGUGUUUAAGUUUGAAUAAAAAAGUGAAGCCAGAGGAGGAUUUCUGAAUAAUGUGACUAGAACUUCUGUGAACAGGAUACACAACAAAAAGCGUUGCAUAAAACACUCAGUCAGCCAUGAAAGUGCAUUACGAUCUUCAUUCAUCAAGCAUCUGGCAAAUUUUUCAUGUCGGUGGAUAUCAGAAAACCGGAUCAUCACUUUCAUGGAAAUGGACUUUGUUCCCCCGGCCUCCAUAUGUGCUUUUGUUUUUUUUGUUUAGUGUAAAGUGUGACACCACAAGACAUAAAUGGGGCAAGCUAAGAGUUAAAUCUCAGUUGAAAGGCAUGUCUAAGCAUGAAUUUGUGGUGCUUUAGUCAUAUUAAGGUCAGUGCUAGAGAAAUCCGUUAGUUGUCCUACUGGUUUACCAAACAACAGGCUCCUUCAGCUGUAAAUCCCUUAAAGAAACAGUCCUGAUUUAAAACCUGUUACGGUGAAUUGUAACAGGUAUUAAAUAGGUCACAGUUAAAUCUAAAAAGGUGGCCAACUAUUUGCAUUCAGCCCCUGACUCAGGACUGCAGUAAGUCAUUUGGAGCCUGACAUUUUUCCCAAGCUCAGACUGGAUGGUAAGCUUUUGUGAAAAAAAAUGUUCAAGUCACAAACUCUCCAAUGUAUUUAGGGAUUGACUUUGAUUGGGCCAUUCUAACACAUGAAAAACACUUUGAUCUACCCAUGUAUUUAGCUCCAUCCAUCUUCACAUCAACUCUGACCAGCUUCCCUGUCCCUGCUGAAGAGCAGCAAGCCCACAGCAUGAUGCUGCUACCAUCAUGUUGCACUGUUGUGAUAGUGUGUUCAUAGGGGUGUUAGCUUUCUGUCACAUAUAACAUUUUUCAUUUAAACCAAAACUGUCCUUUUUAACAGUCUCUCCCACCGGAGCUGUGAAGCUCUGUAGCUCCUCCAGAAGUACCAUGGGCUUCUUUGCUGCUUCAUUGUAUAAUUCAAUUCAAAUUCAAUUCAAUUAAAUUCAAAUUCAAUUCAAAGAUACUUUAUUGAUCCCCGAGGGGAAAUUAGAAGUAUAAUGCUGUCCUUGUCAGUUUAGGUGGACUGCGAUGUCUGCUAGGUUUACAGUUGUGCCAUAUUCUUUCCAUGUUCAGAUGAUAGACUGAGCAGAGCUCUCUGAGUCGCUCAAAGCUUGGGAUAUUGUCUUCUGCUUCCAACGUCUCCAGAACGUUCUCCCUGACCUGUCUGCCGUGUUGCUUGGUUUUCAUGAUGCUGUUUGUUGUCUAACAACCUCCGAGGCCUUCACAGAUCAGCUGUGUAACUGUAACUCUACUCUCUUACUACUUAAGUGACUUCUGAAGAGAAUUGGUUGUGCUGAACACAAAUGCACACUUGACUUUUCAGAUUUGUAUUUGUACAAAUUUUGAAAACCAUGUAUUGUUUUCCUUUAAUUAAUGUGUGUUGGUCGGUCUCACAAAGUUCUAAUAAAAUAAAUAGAAGUUUGUGAUAGUAACACAAAAGAUGAAAGACUUCAAGGGGUGUAAAUAUAUUUCACAAGACCAUGUAUAUUCCCAUCAAAUAGUAUAAUCUUAGUUAAGUGUUAAAUCAGUACUAACAUCAUUGUCUGGAUUAUUUCUAUUAAAAGGCUAAAUAUAAAAUUGGA